UAUUGACAGGCGAAAGGUCUAAAAUUCACCCAAGGCAGGCUGCCGUCAGAGUAAAAAGUUGAAUACUUAAAUCGUGGCAUAGUGAUACAGGCAACAGCGACACCAACUAAAAUGGCGCAAAUACAAUUGAAUGGCGCAAAUGUGCAAUCCAAUGGGAAUAGUAAUAUGGACGACAAUGAACCCUACCAAAUCAGCGACACCGACUUGGAUGAGCUGGACGAUGACUGCCUGCUGGAGGAGGCCGAACUGCCGGGCGGCGCCAACAGCCUGGGGCGUGGCCCAUACGAGCGUGCCUGGACCACAGAUGCAACGCGAGCUCUCAUCCACAUACGCGGCCCCAUGGAGGGCAACUUCACGGAGGGCAGGCAGAAGCGAACUGCCCUCUGGCUGCACUGCACGCGCCAAUUGCAGCGUCUGGGAUUCCGCUACAGCGCGGCCAAGGUGCAGAAGAAGUGGCACAACAUCCUCAUCACGUACAAUAAGAAUCUGACCAAGAAGUACGUGUCUGGCUAUGUCCACUGGGAGUUCUUCGAGGAGAUGUUCAAGUACUUGCAGGGCAAGAAGGCCGACAUGUCGCAGCAGUCGAAUCCGGCGCCACAGCCACAGCAGACACAGGUACAGCCAUCGAAACAGCAGGAACAGCAGCCACAUUUGCAACAGCAACCACAACAGCAGUUACAGAUGCAACUACAGCAUCAGCCGCAAGCGGAACAUCCAGUGCAGUUCCAGACAAAACCCGGAACCCCACAGAUCACGCUGCUGAAGGAGGGACAGCCGUACAUUACGCCCGUGGAUCAGGUGCUGCUGCAGGAGCAAAUGAAUCAGGAUAGCAAGUCCAACGACGAGUUCGACGAGGACAGCAGCAACAGUCUGUCCGAGGUGCGUCAGCCGAAGCUCGAGUACGAUGCGGACCAGGAGCAGGCCGCCGAAGCGGAACGCACCAACGACAGCAGCCAGCAGCUGGAGGCCAUCAAUGGAAAGAUGUUUGACAUGGCCCCGUCACAGGGCCAGCCACUGACUGACGAUAUCUGGUGGAAGGAUUACUUCGAGCGCAAGCUGGAUGUGGAGCGUGAGAAGAUUGAUCUGCAGCGCAGUCUGCAGCGAGAGCAGGUGCAGAUCCAGAAGAUGUCCAUGGUGCAGCAGGAGCGCAUCGAGCGGAUGAAAAUCGAUGCCAUAAACAGUCUGACGGGCACCCUACAAAAGCUCGUCGAAGCCAAGUGCCGACGUGCUUAGAUCCCUACUUCUUCCCCCCUGUAGUUGUGUAUCUUUAAUUGAAUUGAUGUGUAGCCUCCUUCUGAGUGUAUCCUGGUCAUGUGUAAAUACAAUUUCGGCAAACUAUAUUCCA